CGCAGCUGUCAGUCGGAAAUGCUGUUCGUGUUGGAUGGAUGCACCCUGCGGCUGUGCCAGGAUAAAUUUAUGACACAUAGCGUGUUUUUUAAUUCAGAAUGUAAACGUUUUACCUAACCGGUCGCUUUUAUUUAAUGGGGGUACAUGCAGUAAUUCCGCAAAUCUUUCUGAGACAUUUAGCCAGCCAGGCUAAGUGAAACAGGACACUAACAGCCGUAAUGCUAAUAGCUACAUUAGGCUAAUAUAAGCUAAGUUAGCCGGACGGUUGCUCCUCUUACUGCUCAGCCCGUGUAGCGGUUCCAAUCCGGGGACUAGCCUGUUCGUAUUCUCUGCAAACGCAAUAGUUUUUGCUGAAACCGGAGCUGUGGCGGGGAAAGGUGGCCUCAGCAACCCCCUGGCUAUCCAGGCGGACGGACCGCAGUGACACGCCGGUUGUUGAGACCUGAGAUUGGAGCCAUGGCUGAGCUGUCCACUUUGCCUCCUUCUCCACCUCCGCUGGGCGACCCCAGUGCCGCUCCAGCUUCCAGCUGCCCCGACUCUGUGAAUGAGCUGCCUCUGCCGAAGUCUUCCCUCUACAACGACAAAGCUUUGACUGGAAACACUUCUUCAGCACUUUCAAGAGGUUUGACCUCGACUGCUCAACCUGAGACGGAGGAGCCAGCAGGGAAGAAACAGGAAACGGCGACCGGUGGCCAGUCUGUUGUAGAGUCUGGUUUUUCCCAACCUGCAGCCCAGAUAAAAACCACGCAGGAACCGUUAUCUCCGGAUUUAAACCCCGGUCCCAAUCUGUACCCAAGCAUCCAUGUUUCCUCUAACUCAAACCCCGUCGUUGACGUCGCUCAGCCGCAAACGAGUGCAGAUUUCAACCCUACAACAUCAUCGACUAACGAUGAGGAGAAACCUCAGCCGCCACAACAAGCACAAAAACCUCAAAAUGAGCCGCCGCCUUCCCCAAACCUGGAUCCGGUCGCUGAAGAACUGCCGACUACGUCCACCAGAGAGGUGCCGUCGAGCCCAACUGUACCUGUGAUCCAAGAGCCAGCCGGCCCGCUAUUUAACCCCAAGCCAAAACCGGCCCCGGACACACUAAGCUACCUGGACUCGGCCAGCCUGAUGUCGGGAACGCUGGAGUCGCUGUCCGGAUUGGGAGAAGACGGGAGCUCUGUGGGCUCAGACUCUGAGAUCAACGGGCUCACCUUGAGACGCACCGAUAAGUACGGAUUCCUGGGUGGCAAUCAGUACAGCGACGGAGGUGAAAAGGACGUUCGAGUUGAAGUUGCGAGACAAAGGGAGAUGAAAUGGCUGGACAUGUUCUGCCACUGGGACAAGUGGGUCAAACAUCGCUUCCAAAAGGUGAAGCUGCGCUGCAGGAAGGGAAUCCCGUCUUCCCUCAGAUCUAAAGCCUGGCAGCUGCUGUCCGACAGCCAAGAGCUGCUGGAGGCAAACCCGGGAAAAUUUGAGGAGCUGGAGAGAGAACCGGGUGAGGCUAAAUGGCUGGAUAUCAUCGAGAAAGAUCUUCACCGGCAGUUUCCUUUUCACGAGAUGUUUGCUGCGCGCGGCGGACACGGACAACAGGAUUUAUUCCGCAUCCUGAAGGCCUACACGGUGUACCGGCCUGAUGAGGGUUACUGCCAGGCCCAGGCUCCCGUGGCGGCAGUGCUGCUCAUGCACAUGCCUGCAGAGCAAGCUUUCUGGUGCCUGGUCCAGAUUUGUGAGAAGUAUCUCCCUGGCUACUACAGCGCCGGCCUGGAAGCGAUUCAGCUGGACGGCGAGAUCUUUUUCUCUCUCCUGCGGCGCACGUGUCCGAUGGCGUACCGCCACCUUAAGAAAUUCAAGAUUGAUCCGAUCCUCUACAUGACAGAGUGGUUCAUGUGCAUAUUCUCACGCACCUUACCGUGGUCCUCUGUGCUUCGUGUCUGGGACAUGUUUUUCUGUGAAGGAGUGAAGAUAGUAUUUCGCGUGGGCUUGGUGCUGCUGAAGCAGAUGCUGGGCUCUGUGGAUAAACUCCGGGAACUGCAGGGAAUGUACGAAACCAUGGAGCGGCUCAGGAACAUCUCACCCGACACCAUCCGGGAGGAUGUGCUGGUGCAGGAGAUCAUAAUGCUGCCGGUGACCGAGGCGCUCAUCGAGAAGGAGUGCAGCGUCCAGGUGAGGAAGUGGAAGGAGUCCAGAGGUGAGCUGACCCACAAACCGGGCCGCCGGCUCCACGGCACCAGAGCCAUCUUUGAGUAUAAGCGCCGGGCAUCGUCCAUCAGCUCAGGCGGCAGUUUUUCCUUCCUGGGCAGCUCUGCGCCGCCGCCGGGGCCGCUGCGUGCCUCGUCCAGCCUCCUCUCCCUGCCCGGUUUCCGGAAAUCCAGGGCUCCCUUCUUCUCCCAGCCUAAAAAAAUCUCCUUCUCGGGUCCUUCUGGGGCGGAGAGUCAGUCGCCUGUUGCCUCAUCGUCGGGCCAGAAGCCGCCAAUUCCUCCGGGCGCGGCUCCGAAGGCGUCAACGCCACACGUCCAGAGCCCUUUAGUCGCGGAGAGCAGCUCAGCACAAAUCCAGCCGUCUCCGCCGAACACGCUGUCGCCAAGGAUCGUUUCAGAGCAGAUCACUCCCACAAUCCCAUCGCCGACAGCCAACAACGCGCCGCUGCAACCGCUGCCGCCGCCGCAACCGCUGCCGCAACCGCAACCACCAAAAGAAGCAACCCCAUCUGUGUCCGGAGAGGACGAAGGAAAGAAGAAGAAGAAAAGCAAAGAAGACAAGAAGAAGGAAAAGGAAGAUGAGAAGAAAAAGCUGAGGGAGAAGAAAGAGAAGGAGAAAGUUGAAAAGGAGAAAGCGAAGAAGGAAAAGGAGAAGAAGAAAGCAGGAAAGAAAAAGGACAAAGGGGCGGAGGAGAACGGAGCGACGGCCGCGGCGAAAGAUUCAGCCUAGUUUUUCCCACAAUAGUUUUAAAAACAAAAGAAGGGAAAAACGGACAGAAAAACCUGAUUAAUUUAAGAGGCGGUGACUUCCUGUGUCAUUUCUGAGACUUUAUAUAUUUGAGAGACUGAUGGAGAUGAAGAUGAUGAAGACUGGAUUAUGGUUUUAAUAGCACCUGGAGGGGCGGAUUACCUCUCAAUGCUUUUCUGCCCCCAACAACACAACUGGAGCACAGGCUGCACUGCAAAAACACAAAGUAUUACCAGCGAUCCUUAGUCUAAACUUCAGUGCAAAUAUCUAAGUACAUUUGAAAUACAACAAAACUAGCUUACAAGUUACUUUUCAGCAAGAAAUAGGAGAAUUUUUUUAUAUUAUUUCACUUAUAACAUUGAAAUAUUAGGCAGACACUACGAAAAUAAUAACAAAAAUUACCAUAAAGUCCUAAAAUGAUAACAGUCAUAAUGAUACAAGGAUAAAGUCACAAUAUUACCACUUUAGUCUCGUAUUAUUACAGCUUUAUUAUGUUAUUCCGACUUUAUGCUUGUAAAAUUAGGAAUUUAUUCUCGUAAUCCUACGAUUUUAUUUUCAUACAACUUUGUUCUUGUGUUAUUAUGACUUUGUUCUUGUGUUAUUAUGACUUUGUUCUUGUGUUAUUAUGACUUUGUUCUUGUGUUAUUAUGACUUUGUUCUUAUGUUAUUACAACUUAGUCCUCAUCUUUUUGUCCUGGUAAAACACUCGAAAGCUCCUUUAUCUUGGUGAAAAGUUAUUUUUAACUUAGUUUUGUCUCAUUUCAAGUGUACUGAGAUAUUUGGUCUAGAAACAAGACAAAAAAUACUUGGUAAGAUUUUGUGUGUUUGCAGUGCGUGAAUCUGCUUAAAUUUUUUAUUUUUUUUUGCUGAGAAACAUUUAUUUUAUCUUUUUUUGUCUAUGUCAGUUCUUACAGAAACACGAGGAAGUCUUUAGAAGCGGUGCCAUAGUGUGUUAAAUUAAUUUAAAUUAAAAUCUAGCUGCAGCUCACAGGAUUAACACUCCGUACGUUGUGUUUCACUGGAUUACGGGGGAUAAAACAUCUCAAACGUAGGCACUGAAGACAAAAUCGCUUUUUAUGAUGUUGAGGAUGUAUUUAUUGUCUUUGUAAAUGUGUGUGAGUGUGUGUGUGCCUUAGUAGAUUAGUGAAAUGUGUUGUGGACUCCGACAGCUCGCUUUUUUUUCUUCUCGGUUUUCUUUUUUUUUUAAAAAUGUAAUUUCAAACUAGUGUUGAACUCUCGCUGUGGUUCUUCCCAAACCCGUUACUUUAUUUAUGUCGUCUGAUGGCGAACACCGAGCCGCUCCGAAACUUUCGUUUGCUUGUUUUUCAGGGGGAAUAAUGGAGACAGAGGUUUUAAAAAUCAAACUUAGGUGCACAAAUUUGAGAACUUGAUUAAAAUUAACUUAUGGGAAACACCUCUAAAAUUAAAUACUUUAUUUUCUUCUAAAUCUUCACAGAAGAUAUGAUUUUUGUUUAUGCCUUUUGGCAAAAUUACGCCUGAAUAUUUUCAUGUCAGAUCCAAAUUUAAUAAAAAAUGUUCUGAAACAGAAAUUACAAAUGACAAAGUAUUAUAAUAAAAGUGACUUUUAUUUCAGUCAUCCCUUCUGUGAGUAUUAAGGCCAGGCUACGAGAGCUUUUGUUUUUUUACAUGAAUAAAGUCAUAACAUUCCCUGAAAAAAACACAUUUUUACUGGAAAAACGUCUUAGAAUUACAAGAAAAAAGUUGUUUUAAUGAGGGAAAAAUCCUCUCCAGUUAUCAGGAUAUAACACUUAAAUUUUUUGUUGCUUUUCAUCGUAUAAAAGUAUGACUUUAUUCUCCUAAUUACGACUUUAUUCUGGUAAUAUUAUAACUUUAUUCUCAUAUUAUUUUGACUAAUUUUAUACUUGUAAUUAAAAAAAAAGAAUCUUUAUCUGGCUCUAACUUUCCGUCAUAAAGUUGACCUGAAUUCAAAGUCCAAAUAAAUAAAAGCUGUAAAAUACGCUUAUGAAACAAGAUGGCCGCCUUGGACCUGUUGACAUCACUCGUUGCUAUGGAAACACAACAAGUGGGUCGGUGGGGGAAAACCCAUCCAGAUUUUCCUAAACUUUCCAAAAUCUUGAAAAACUAAAAUUGAUUUAUUGAACCGACUCUAAUUUUAAGAAUAGUUUUAAUUUUAAAUCACUUGCCUGAUUUAAUCACUUGAAAACCAGUUUUGAUUGUUUGUUCCAGCUGUUGUUUUAAGGUGAAAUAAAUAAAUUUGAAACUGGUUAUUAUUUUUUGUUAGUCUGUCCAUCAGUACCAUUGGUGGCCCACAGCGUAAUGCUUCCACCACUGUGCUUGACAGAUAAAGAAGUGCAAUAUUGACUCUUCCUAGCAUAAUGGUUAUCAUGACAGAAACGCUCAAUCUUUACUGAGUGGCGCUGAUGAUCCAGCAUAUUCAGUGUUGCUUUCGCAUCAUGAUCCAUUUAAACUGGAAACUCUGGAUGAAACUUUGGUGUUGCUGUCAGUUUAUGAUCCACACAGAAGCCUUUUUGAGAGGAUAAAGCCGGUUAAAUUAGCGUUUGUGGCAUAAAACCAAUCGGUUUAGUUGAGUUCUGCCAUUUAUGCCAAGAAGAAAUGUCAAAUAUUUCUCUGCAGCUCUUUGUAGUUUGGAGAACAUUUAGAAGAAGUUCAAAUUUGUGCACCUAAAUCUCGUUUUUAAGUUAAAAGAAUGAAUUCGUAAUAGGCCAAACUUCAGAGCAGCACUGCAAAACAGACUGAAGGAAAGAGGAAACAUUGUUAUGGUGUUUCCUGUCUGUGAGAAAUUCUCUUCAUAUUAAAAAAGGAAAGUGUUUUUUUGCACUUGUUGGGCAAAGAGAGAUACUAUUAAUUUCAAUCCAAAUGAACAAAUUGUACAUUUUAUCCAAUUAAAUUUCAAUAUUUCACAACUUGAGCUCAUUAACCAGUGAGACUGUGAUUUUAAAGUCUUAAAACAAUGAAGGAUCUUUUUUUUUUUUUUCACUUGCACCAUUGAAGUUAUUCACUCAUCUGUUUGAAAUCACUUCCUUGAGGACCUACUGCAAGGUACCAGGGUGUGCCAAUGUAGCAUUAACGUCUAAUUCGGGUGUAUUUAUGUACAAAGGAGGUUAAUUUAAUCAAAUAUAGUAUAUUAUGAAUUAUUAUUUUCAUCUGAAUAUUUUUCUAAGAGGAAGAGACACCUGUUGGACUGGAACGAUGGACUUUUUGCACAUCAAACUUGAUGCAUUUCUUUUGCUUUUGAGUUUACUCAUUGUCUGUUUGGUUGAAUUAUUUUCAGUGACAUACAGUAUUAAAUGAAAAGAGUUAAAAAGAAAGAAGCGAGGACAAACUGAGUCGAUGGAUUCACGAGGAAAACUCUUUGUACUGAGUGAAACGCCUAACGGUGGUUUAACGAGGACAAGAUCUUUGUGUGUUUUAAAUUUAACGCUCUAAUCUAUUUACACUCAGUGUUUCGUACUGUAAUCUUUAUGCAUAUGUUAAACGGCACUGAACCUGUUGAGAAUAACAACACGGCGAAUCAGGGCCAUUGUAGGUAGAAAAAAAAGAGUAAAUGUCCACUGAAAAAUUCAGAAAUUAUGAUCUUGAUCUCUGUAAUUUUCUUUGGAAACAAAAAAAAGAACAUUUU